AUGGGCAUAAUUAAAUGUUUUAAAGGAUACUAUAGGAAACGUUUGGUAGAAUCGAUACUUCUGGAGAUUGAAAAUAAAGUGGAAGACCCUUUUAAAGCUGUAAAUGUUAAGGACGCAUGUGACUUUAUUGCUGGAAGUUGGUGGGCAGUAACAGAGAAAACCAUUCUGAAUUGUUGGAAAAAGGCCGAUUUAGGUGUCUUAGAAGAUAAAAUGUUAUCUGAUUGUGAUGAAAAUUCCUCAGACUGUGAUAUUUUAUAUGUUGAGGAAAUAGUUUUGAAUCUCCAAACAUCUGUGUCCCAACUCGAGGAAAAAACGGGCAAAAAAUAUGGAGUGAACGUGGAUGAUUAUUUGACAGCGGAUGACGAUCUUACUGUUUUCGCAGGAGUUACUGAUGAAGAAAUUCUCUCUGAAAUUACUGGUGAGAUGGAACGUAGUGGAGAAGAAGACGAUGAGGAGGAAGAAGAAGAUGAUGAUGAUGAUAAUACGAGUCCAUCACAAUCCUUAUUGUCGACCCAGGAAGCACUUCAAUCAGUCAAAUCUCUGCGGACAUUUUUUUCAAGUCUUCCAUCCACAAAUGAGGAUCAUUUUCGUGCUUUGGACUCAAUGUAUACCUUGUUGGUUGACUUAACAGUCAAAAAAGCGGCCAAACAAACAAAAAUAUUGGAUUUUUUUCAAUAA